AUGCGUACUACAAAGGAGAAAGGGUCAUGGCCAGCAUUGCCUUUGAACAGAGAAUACACUCUCCCACAUGAAAUCUUAGCAGCUCAUUAUGGAGAGGAAGAUGAAGAUGUCCCAUCAAAAUUGGCUAAAGUGGAGGUCCCAAGUUCACAACUUGGUGGUGGUGCAGUACCUAGGACUUUAGGAAUUGGAGUUCCUCCUCAACCAGCGUUAGGUGUAAUGCCACGAGUUUACAAUCCUGCAUUAGCAGUGCCUCCUGCUGGUUGGUUAGUUCUUGCUCGCCCCCAGCCUUGGUACUCUCAGCACCCAGCAGUCUCUAUUCCUCUUGCUCCAUUGGGGAUGACACGACAACCUUUGUUUCCAAUACAACCUGUCAAGCCUCCUCUUCCAUUCCACUCGUCUUCAUACCCGAUUUCCUCAUUUCCUUUCCCCAUCACCUUUUCUCUCUCUAUCAUCAAGCCCACCAUGCCCACCUUUAUACCCACUGAACCCGUGUUUCUUUCAUCACCCGUGCCUCUCCAUCAAAUCCAAACACCCUCACAUGCACCCCUCGUGCCUAUCAUGCUUGUUCCUCACCCAUACUAA